CGGCGCCUCACCAUUUUUAUUGCAUCAUCCAUUACUCUCCCGGUUCGAGGUGGCCGGUGAAUAGCACUCCCACUUACGAUUACCCCAAUUUACACAGAACUCAAUGGCCCAGUACCAACCUGUCUAGGCUGCGGUGGCCAAAAAACAGAAGAAGAAGAAGAAGGCAUAAGAAAUUGAACCAACCAGAGUUCUCUAUUACAUGGAAGGGAAAGAAACGGAGAACUUCGAUUGGGUCAAUUAGGGUCAUCCAUGAGAUUGAGCAUCGCGCGCUACGACAAAACAGCAAUGAAGUGAGGAGUAGGAACAACAAUAGGCAUGAAUACCGACACAUUUCAAUUUCAAGCCAAAAAACACCGAUCUUGAACAGCUCUGAUUUAAGUAUAUCAUUGAAAUUUUAAAAUAAAAUGGCCAAAAUAACAAGUGGAACAUGGAAAUGUGUCGUCCCAUAUUGUAAAUCUCGUGCUAGAGCUCCUCGUCAUUAUUUUCCAAAAGAUACGGAAUUAAGGAAAAAAUGGAUGGAAGCAAUAUCUAUGUCGCAUGUACCUGAUGAAAAAAUUAAAAGAUGUAAAAUUUGCCAUUUACAUUUUGACGAAAAUUCAUAUCUUAUUAAUUUACAACGUAGACGAUUAAAAAUUGAUGCUAUUCCAAAUCGGAAUUUGCUAACCGUAAAUGAAACAGAUAAUUCUCAGUCUAAUGCAAGUAAGGUUUUAGAUGAAGAAGAAGUGGACGAUCCACAAUAUGAUGAAGUGGACGACCCACAAUAUGAAGUGGACGACCCACUAUAUGAUGAAGUGGACGACCCACAAUAUAACGAAGUGACUAAAACAGUUACAAACCAAUCUUUUCUUGAUGCUUAUAAAUCUUAUAUAAGGACAGUUGAAGAGGAAAAAGCUAUUUUGGAAAACAAUGUAGACAUUGAAGAAGAGACACAACAAGAAACACAGCCACGUAACAAUGUCGGCCUCAACAAAACAUGGGAAUUAUCGCUUUACGAAUUACAUCGCACUCCGCAAGACGCGAUCACCGACAGCACAGAGAUUGCGGUCAGUCCGCGGAGUUUGCACAGCGAGCUCAUGUGCCCCAUUUGCUUGGAUAUGCUGAAGAAGACUAUGACCACCAAGGAGUGCCUCCACCGUUUUUGUUCCGACUGUAUUAUCACGGCUUUACGGAGCGGUAACAAAGAAUGCCCUACAUGCAGGAAGAAAUUGGUUUCUAAAAGAUCUCUCAGACCGGAUCCAAACUUUGAUUUGCUAAUUUCAAAAAUCUAUCCUAGCAGAGAUGAAUAUGAGGCUCAUCAGGAACGAGUUUUGGCUAAACUGAAUAAGUCACAUUCACAAGCUGCACUUGUUAACUCUAUUACAGAAGGUAUUAAGUUACAAAGUCAGAAUCGUCCACAGCGUUCCAGAAAGAAUGCCAACGAAUCUGAAAAUGCAAGCAAUGCAACGUCUUAUAACAAUACACCAAAUAUUAGUGCACCAACAACACCAAAUCCAUCUACAAAUGUAGCAAAUCAAAGUGAUUCCUCUCAAAGUGCGACAGGACCUUUAAAUAGUGGAGGAACAACAUCUAGAAACUCUACCACACCAUCGCCAAAUCCUGCAAAUCAAAUCUCAAAACCAUCAAAACGGCAGAAAAGUCUACAAAAUUCUGAGAAUGAUUCCUCUAGUGCAGAAGCCGAGACUGGCGGUGGUGAUUCUAUGGUUGAUACAGAAGGUGAAGGUCCUAGCGAACCAUUGAUGCUUAACGAAAUUGAACUUGUCUUUAAACCACACCCUACAGAAAUGGCAGGUGAUAAUUCUUUAAUAAAAGCAUUGAAAGAGAACAGUAUUCGCUAUAUAAAAACAACAGCAAAUGCCACAGUGGACCAUUUAAGUAAAUAUCUAGCAAUGCGUUUAACGUUGGAUUUGGAUACUGAACUAUCAGAAUCAGAUAGGUUGUUAAACUUUUGUAUCUAUAUCGCACCUUCACCUGGGCAGCUUGUGGUAUUAAGUGGCUCACAAACAUUACGACAAGUGAACGAUAAAUUCUGGCGUGUCAAUCGACCUUUGGAAAUGUAUUACUCAUGGAAGAAGACCUAGGGAAGGCCUCAAAAAUAUCUAUCAGAUGGGAGCUAAUUGCGUCAUGUUUUAAAGAAAGGAAUGAAUUGCCAUUCAUAUUAUAUGGAAUAUACAGUAGAAUAUAUCAAAUAUGAACAAUACAUAUUAUUAUAUUGUACUGUAUUCAAUUUAAUUCAAUAUUAAGGUAAUAUUUAUAAAAUCAUCGACAAUGGUGCAAUUUUUACAUCUUUAAAGCUGGUUGCCAGUAAUGGUUUCAUUAAUAUAAGAAUUGAAAAGGCAACUAAAACUUUAUUAAACUGUGUGAUUUUAACGACAUUGUACAUCCCGAAUUGCAAUUACCAUUUCACACUAUACACAAUAAUAUCUACAAAAAAGUUUUAUAAAAGGUAUAUAUGUUACAUUCACAUAUAUUCAUACAUGUUCCGUCAUUUAAUGGUUUUAAUAAUCGUUAAUUUAUUUAAACGAUUUUUAAUCACGUGGACCAUGCUGUAUAGUUUGCAGGAAAAGAAUAAAUCUAUGUAAAUACGAAUACAUACGCAUAUUUUUGUCUCUACACAUAGUUUUAGUCCUAUAUGU